AUGCGGCUGCAUCAUGAAGGACUUGAACUAUGGCAUGUAGUGGAGACAGAGAAUGCACCGAGGAAGAAAGAUCGUCAGGUGAUGUCGAUUAUCUUCAGCACGAUUUCAGAUGAAAUCACGCGGGAAUUGGAAGUUGAAAAAUCUGCACGAGAAACGUGGCAAAUACUCAAGGUCAAAGGCGGAGGAGUGUCACGUUUGCUCAAAGGCAGAGUUCAAGCUCUGAGGAGAGAUCUGAAAAAUCUUUCCAUGGAUGACGGUGAGGUAAUCCUGGAUUUCUUCGUCAAGAUUUCAUCUAUUGUUGUUGAAUUGAGAAGUCUUGGUGAAAAUAUCAGUGAAUCUGUUGUCUGUGCAAAGGUUUUGAGAUCAGUGUCUGGCAAAUUUGAUUCCAUUACUACUUCUAUCGAGCAAUUUCAAGAUCUGACUGCGAUUAGUCUUGAUGAUGUUGUUGGGACUUUGAAACUUCAUGAAGAUAAGUUGAAGGAGCAGUCUAUGAAGAGAGAGAGAAAGCUCUUCUGGCUAGAGCACGAGGAAAAGAAAAAGCUCUUGAUUCCGAAAGCUCGAGAGGGAGAGGCAGAGGUAGAAAUGGCAGAGGAAGAGGCAGACGAAGAGGGAGAGGACCUCCGAAGCAAGGUGGAUAUGAGGCUGAUUUCAAACCUCCUAGAGACAAAUCCAAGGUGAGAUGUUAUAAUUGUCAAGGCAUGGGGCAUUACUCAAAUGAAUGCCGAAAUCCGAAGAAAGAAAGGCCUAAGUCAGAAGGUGUUGACCAAGCCAACGUCAUUAAGGAGGAACCUGCUGAGAUUUCUCUCCUAAUGGCACAUGAAGAAGGAAAAAUUGAAGUGCUUAUACAAGGAAUUUUGCAGACUGACUUACAAAAAGGCAUGUGGUACCUUGAUACAGGCACUAGCAGUCAUAUGACUGGUUUGAAAUCACUCUUCUAUGAGCUAGACGAAGCUUAUAAUGGGAAAGUGAGAUUCGGUGAUGACUCAAAGAUUAAUAUUGAAGGCAAGGGAAGAAUUCUCUUGAAUGCACAUGAUGGGACUACUAUUAGCCUAUCUAAUAUGCUCUAUACACCUAGCUUGUAG